AUGUCUGACGGAGUUUUGAAGCCCGAGAAGGACUUCUCGAAGGAGGUUGACCAGCAGCUCCCCGAAGCUGAGAAGUUGGCUGCUUCUGGUAACCUUCAAGGCGCCAUUGAGAAGCUUGCUGCCCUCGAAAAGCAAACCCGACAAGCCUCCGAUCUUGCUUCUACAUCACGAGUACUGGUCGCAAUUGUGACACUAUGCAAAAAUGCUGGCGAUUGGAAUCUGAUGAACGAACAAACCUUGGUCAUGUCCAAAAAGCACAGCCAGCUGAAGCAGGCCAUAACCAAGAUGGUCCAGACCGUUAUGACCUUCCUCGACGACACUCCCUCCCUCGAGACCAAGCUCACCGUUAUCGAAACACUACGAACCGUCACAGAGGGCAAGAUUUUCGUUGAAGUCGAGCGAGCUCGUGUUACCAAGACCCUUUCCGAUAUCAAGAAGGAACAGGGUGACCUCAAGGGUGCUACUGAGAUUCUUUGCGAGUUGCAAGUCGAGACCUUUGGUUCUAUGGACCGACGAGAAAAGACCGAGUUCAUUCUGGCACAGGUCGAUUUAUGCAUCGAGAGUGAAGACUGGACACAGGCUGCUAUCCUUGGCCGCAAGAUCAGCACUCGCUACCUCUCCCGCAAGCCCAAGAAGACAGCCGAGCAGCUUGAGAAGGAGCAAAAAGAGCGAGAGAAGAAGAGGGCCCGUGGCGAAGAGGUUCCUGAGGAGAAGGAGGACGACACAACUGAUCUCAAGCUACGAUUUUACGAGCAGCAGAUCAUCCUUGCCAAGCACGAGGAGAAGUACCUCGAUGUGUGCAAGCACUACCGACAGGUGUUGGACACAGAAGCAGUGGAGGAGGACCCAGCCAAGCUUCGACCCGUCCUUCAACGCAUCAUCUACUUUGUCAUCCUUGCUCCUCACGAUAAUGAGCAGCACGAUCUCCUUCACCGAAUCCACAAAGACACCCGCAACUCAGAGGUCCCAGCUGAGGCCGAACUUUUGCGAUUAUUCACUGUACCCGAGUUGAUGCGAUGGCCCGAGACUGCUAAGAGAUUUGGCCCUCAUCUCUGCAGUACUGAUGUCUUUGAUGUGCAGCCUAACCAGUCUUCAGACGAUAACGCGCACAAGCGAUGGCAAGAUCUGCGAAAGCGAGUGAUUGAGCACAACGUCCGAGUUAUUGCCAAGUACUACACUCGUAUCCAGAUGAGCCGUCUCACUCAACUGCUUGACUUGACCGAAGAUGAGACUGAGAAGUACAUCAGCGAGCUUGUUACUUCUAAGACCGUCUACGCCAAGAUUGAUCGACCCGCAAGAAUUGUCAACUUUGCAAAGCCCCGAGAUGCUGACGAUGUCCUAAACGACUGGAGUCACGACAUGAAGAGCCUUCUGGGCCUCCUGGAGAGAAUCGAUCAUCUUAUUACCAAGGAGGAGAUGAUGGCACGAAUCCAGCCUGCUAAAUAG